UCAACAAUUGAAUUCAUUUAAAGCAUUCAUAGGCACAUGGUCCCGACGAGCGAUGUGGAUGUGGGCAAAACCCUGCCACGCCUGACGUGGUCGACACCGAGUACCGCUUUCCUAUGCGGCUCUUAAUGUAUCAUCGGGCAUGAAAACACGUGCUAAUAGUUUGCAGUCCUUAGGCCAUAACCAGCCGGUCACGCCGUCACGCGCGGGUUAGGGCGCGGGCGCGCACGACGCCUUCCCAUGGCAGCCCCGGCUGGGCUGGCAACACGGGUUUGGCCCGCGCUUGCUCAGCAACGCAGCGCGACCUCGGGCCUCCAAUGUGCCUGUUCGCGAACAGCUUCCAGCGAGUCCUUUCGGUCGGUGGCCGCAACGGCUGGGCUGGACGGCACAGGAGCCAGUUCGGCCGGGACUGUUUCCUCCAGCCGCGCCCUGAACCCUGACUCAUGGGUCGGGCUGUAUGAAGCUCUGUCAAGCUUUGCUCGUGGCGUGUGGCGAAGACCCGGUGCUGCGCGGGGCAUCAGCGGAGCAGCAGGCAGCGGGGCCGGCGGCGGCGGCGGGCCUGGCAUUACGUCGGCAGCCCUGGAGGCGGGCUUGGGCGCGCGACACAGCCUGGCACGGGCAGUGGCAGGCGCCAGCGUGGGCGUGCGCCGGGGGUUUCACUCCAGUGCUGCGGACUGUGCGGGCAGUCAUGGCGGUGUGGGUGCCGGCGGCAGCAGCGCCGGUGGCGGCGCCGGCGGCGGCGCCGGUGGCAGCGCUGGCAGCAAAGCAGGAUGGCAAGCGGGCCCGCGGCCGGCGCCGCCGGGUAGUCACUAUGAGGUGCUGGGCGUGCCGCAGGACGCGACACUGAUGGAGAUCAAGGCCGCGUUCAAGCAGAGAGCAAAAGAGCUGCACCCAGACGUCAUGGCGGCGCGUGCAAAGCAAAGCAGCGCACAGCAACAACAACCGCAGCAGACCCACACGCACCGGCAGCACGCGGCGCCGUCCCCACACCGCACGCCGCGGCCAUCCGGCGGCCCCGGCGCUGCUGCGGGGGCGGGGGCGGCGGCGGGCGGGCCGGGCGAGUCAACCGCCCGCCCGCCGAGUGCGGUGGAGGCGUCUGCUUCUGCCUUCCUUCGCCUCGUGGCGGCAUACGAGGUGGUCAGCAGCCCCGUCGCCAGGCGGGAGUAUGACCUGCAGCUGGCGGCGGCGGCGCAGCGGCAGCUGGAGGAGGCCAGCCGGGUCGGGCGCGGGCCGGGGCGCCAGCACCGCACGCCGCAUACCGCCGCCGCUGCCAGCGCCAGCAGCACAAGCAGAACUGCUGGUGGCUUUGCAGAUGACCUAGGUGGCAUGGGAGCGGGCGGGUUUGGUUUUGAGUCCGAAGGUUCGGCUGCUGCUGGCGGCGGUGGUGGCGAGCUUCGUCAAGUGGACUUCCGCGCCUGGCGCUACGGCGUGGGCGAGUGGAUGACGCGGCCGCGGAGGGAGCCCGUAAUGGGAGGUGGCCGCGCCGCCGCUCUGGAGUACUACCUGCGCAAGUACAGCUCCGAGUUCGAAGGGCAGCUGCACGCCGCCCUGGUGCACGCAUACCUGGGGCCCAAACUGGACCUGCGCCCUGGCGAGCUGCCGCGCUGCUUUGAGGCCGAGCUGCGCCGCGCCCCCGCCGCCAGCCGCCAGCUGCUGCAGCUGGUGUCGGGCCGCACACUACUGGGCGCCGUGCGGGUGCGGGAGCCCCUACGGCUGGAAGGCACCGGCGAAGCCGCCAUGCCGCACCAACAGCUGUCGGCGCCGCCUGCAGCGCCCCCGGACGCGGCUGCCGCCGCCACAGCCCCAGGAGCCCAUGCCGCCGCCGGGGCGCCGCCCGCGGGGUCCGGGCCCGUGGCUGCACACGGCUUUGCUGCGGGCGGUGCGCAUGCCGCCAGCAGCGGUGCUACCGGCAGCAGCGACGGCGCCGCGGUGUAUCAAGGCAACACUGUGGGGCCACCUUCAUUCGCUGCAGGUGUCUGGGGCUCCUCUUCAGCUGCGUCGUGUGCCGCAGCGGCUGCAUCAUGGCCCACAGCACCGGAUGCCAGGGCACCUGUGGACCCCGUGGAAGCGGCGGCGCCGCAGGUGGCAGCGCAGGCGGCAGCGCAGGCGGCGAGAGAGCAGAGCUUCGCAAGCCACCCGCCGGAGCCGUCAGGGGUACCAGCAGGGGAGCCGGCAGGGCGACCAGGGGGCGCAGCCGAGCCGGAUGCGGGGUGGGCGCCGGCUGCAACUGCAGCCCGUGCGGCUGCGCAGGAGGAGGCGGAGGCGAUAGGUGUGCAGCCCGCGGCGCCGCAAAUCAAAGACACGGGGGCAGAGGUGGAGGCAAAGGUGGGGGCGGAGGUGGAGGCUGUGCCGCCCGGCGUGAUGCCCACCACUCCGCACAUGGCGGCUGCGGCCUCGGGUGUGGAUGUGGAGUCCUUCCUGGCUGAUGACCGGGAGGGGGCCGGACUGGACCCAGCUGUGCUGGUGCGCCUAAGCGAUGAGCAGAUGGUGUCGCUCGCCGCGGCGGCCAUCGCACGGCGGGACGUGGGCCAGGACGGCGCCGCCGCCGGCUCCUCCCCGGGCGCCGUGUACGGACACCUGGUCCCCGGCUACAGCCGCUUCCGCGGGCUGCUGGAGAUGCAGGGCUUCUACCCGGACCCGGCCGCGUUGCAGCGGCAUAGCAUGCAGGUGUCGCUGGUGACUGCGGCGGAGGCGGCGCAGGCGCGGGAGGCGGCGGAGCAGGGCGGCGCGCUGGGCGGCGGGCAGCUGCUGCAGCGCUGGCGCAGCCGGCAGCGGGAGGCGGCGGCGGCGGCUGCUGCCGGUACAGGUACUGCCAGAGAUGCUACUGCUCUUGCUGCCAGGACGGCCGCGCCGGGUGCAGCGCUGGCUGGCGCCUUUGACCAGAGCGCGUUGUACCGGGCUGCGGGGCCGUUGGCUGCAGCUGCUCAUGACCCUACGGCUGCGGGAGCUGCCACUGGCGCUGGUCCUGCCGCUGCUGUUGGUGCAAGUGCUGGCGGCGGUGGUGGCGGCGGUGCUGGCGGCGGCGGUGUCGAUCUGCCGGAGGGCAUCAUGCCGCCCAAGCAACUGCAGGCGCUGGUAGAAGCCGCACGCAUCUCCGACGCCGAGCGGGCGGCGGAGCAGGCGGAGGCCGCGUCUGCCGUGGCCGCGUCCGCCUAUGCCGGCGGCGGCAGAAACGGCGGCGGCAGCCAGCAGUGGAAGCAGCCGCCGCCGCGCAAUGACCCCCGGACCUGGGGUUUUGACAUGGACUCGCCCAUUGGCGACGGCCCCGGCUCCGUACGUAUCCUGGAACUGAAGCUGGGGGGUGACGUGGCGGCUGUGGCCGUGCAUCAGCCCCCGCAGCCGCCGGCCCGCACGGCUGGCACGGCGGCAGCCGCAGCGGCAUCAAAUAGCUUGGGGCGGACGGAAGGAGCGGCGGGGGCGCCAGAGUGCAGCCAGGCAUCGUCGGCUGCAUCGCCGCCGUCGCCUGGGUUUCCAUUUGAUGACCCGGCGGUCCUCGGUGUGGGGCGGAGAGGCGGCGGUGGCGUUGGCGGCCUGGCCGGGGCAGUGGCGUCUGUGGUGUCCGCGGCGGCGGAGGCAGCCGCGGCGGUGGCGCGCAGGGGAGGCGUUGGUGCGGGAGGGGAGAGGGCGGGGCCUGGAGACGGGCAAGGGCAUCAGCAACAGCAACAACAGCAACAGCAGCAGCAGCAGGCGGAGCCGGAGCUGAGCGGGCUGGUGGUGCCGCUGUUUGGGCCGGUGGUGGAGGGGCGUGUCAAGGUGUAUGUGUGCGGCACGCUGACGGCGGGCUUGGAGGGACGGCACGUGUACGAUGCCGAAGGCCGCCGUGUGGCGCUGGUGGUCCGCGGCUCCUUCCCCGGCCUGCGCACACUGCACUUUUUCGACGCCACCACCAAGCGCCUGCGCCUGCUGUGCCGCUGCGUGCGCGCCCGCUUGCUGCCCAGCCCCACCUGGCUCUUCCCGCCGCGUGAGCCCACCCACGAUAUUGGCGGCUGGUACGUGGAGUGGGGCGGCUACGCAAACAGGGGCAACCCGCUCGUGGGCUGGUUGGACCCGUCGGUCUACGUGUUCGUGGCGGCCCUGGUGGCGGCGGAGCAGGAGCGCGUGGCAGACUCUCGGCGGCGGCUGCUGGGGGACACGCUGUCGGGAUGGCGGGGCGCGGUGCAGGGGCUGUGGAGGAGGAGGCGAGGACGCGGAAGCGGCAGUGGUGCCGACGCUUAAAGUGCUGCUCGCGCAGCUGGCUUAAUGUGGUGGGGGAGUGUAUUGUACCAGGCGGCCGAAAGGUCCGGGCUGAGAUGGAUGCAGGAGAUAAUUUAGCGUGCGCUCGUCACUGGAUGUUACGGUACUGAAUUGAACAGAGGUAGUACUGGUAUGUUGAGCGCCGGGCGCGGGUAACUAAAUGAAUGCACGGCCGGAGCACCGAACACCCAAUGUAGGAAAAUGCUGCAAGUACCUGGGAGGGGGGAGGCGAAGCGUGGCGUGUCAAUCGCGUCAGCAUUCAAAAGCGCAUCCUCGGGAAUUUGCCGU